AUGGCUGAGACUCUGGAUUAUUUUCUUGGGACUGAACUUUGCAUUGUUCAGUUUUUAGUUCAUUAAUUAGUUAACCGUCUUACAAAAAAGAGGAUGACCACCACUGCCAACGCUACUGGUACCUUCUUGUCACAGACGGUAUGCGCUUUACAGAAUUAUCAUUCAUCAAAAUACGCUCACUUAGUAGUAUCUCCGCAUCGCAAUACAUUUGGAUUUCGAUUUGAAGACACAAGAUCACGGUCAACACCUUCUCAUAGGCUUGUGGUGGUUGCAGUGACUCAAGGAUCGGCAGAGUCCAACAAAUCCGACGAAAAUAUUCCCUCCUGGGCAAAGCCAGAUUCCGAUGAGCCUCCGCCAUGGGCGCGUGAUGACGCCAGCGCAUCUUCUUCUUUGCAGCAAGGAUUUCAAGUUCCAUUCUUCGUUUACUUGCUUGCCUCUGCUAUCACUGCUAUUGCCGCUAUAGGUUCAAUUUUUGAGUACGUGAACCAAAGGCCGGUGUUCGGAGUCUUGGGAUCAGAUAGCGUGUUUUAUGCUCCCUUGCUGGGUUUCUUUGCCUUCACUGGCAUUCCUUCUUCGGCAUUUCUAUGGUACAAGUCUGUUCAAGCUGCUAACAAAGAAGCAGAAGAACAAGACAAGAGGGAUGGGUUUUUUUAGCAAAGAAAGAUAUGCCAGUGUUAAAUACCAAAGUAAAUGCAAGCAUAAAACUUAAUGCCACCGCCUUUAAACAUAUAAAUUGUAUACAUAUUAUUUGAGUGGUUCUUUGAGUUUGCA